ACCGGCCAACCAGAGACCAGCUCAUUACCCUGAAACUCAUCACUAUAACUACAUAUAUAACUAUAUUUCACCAUCACAGGAAACAGAGCUCUUCAUUAAAACCGACACUGGAAACAUUAUUCUGGUCAAAUAAGAAUAAUGAAGGCUGUAGGUUGUCCUUCCUACCUACAGGGGGCAGUCCUCGCAUCCUUCCUGACCUCCAUCCUGGCCAUACAGACGAUUGUUGUGGAUUUCCAUUCCAGAAAUCUGUCUGCGGUUCCUUCUGAUCUCCCAUCUUCAGCUGAAACUGUGGAUCUUUCUCAGAACCGAAUUCAGACCCUGAGGAAACUGGACUUCAGCAGAACCCCAGACCUCAAAUCCCUCAACCUCUCCUGGAACAUACUGGAGGACAUCCACGUGGAGACAUUUGCUUCAACUCCUGUCCUGGAAACGCUAGAUCUGUCUCACAACAGACUCCAGACCCUGUCCAAUCAACUGUAUCUACUGCACACGCAAAGCCUACAGUACCUGGACCUUUCCUCCAACAGGUUCACAGUUAUGAAGCUCGGGAUUGAGUUCUCCAAACUCCUGAAGCUUCGGUGGCUCGGCCUGAGUGCUGGAACUAUUCGGUUCGAUGACUUUGAGAGCAUUUCACAUCUCUCGCUUCAGACUCUGUUCAUCCAAGCCCAGAAUCUGAUUAACUAUGAAGAAGGAAGUCUCGCUGGUGCCAAAGCAGAAAAGCUUACAAUAGUACUGACGAACAAAGACCUCGACCAUCCAAUGAUCCUCGAUGCUCUGAUGACCUUCAGGGAAGUGGAGCUUAGCAGCUUAAACAGUCCAGUGGACUUCCUCCGAGAACUGGUGAUGUGCAGAGCGGCCAUCCAAACAGUUCACCUGCAUCUAUCUGCCAUUCAGAGCACCUGGAAGGUCAUGACGUCCUUCUUCAACAGCGUCCUAAUGUCCACAAUCCGCCAGUUCAGUGUUUCCAACCUCACCCUAACCGAAAUGAGGCACGGCAGCCAAGUGUUCCAGUCCAGCUCUCUGGAUUCCUUCAGCGUCAGGCAGUCUUCGGUAAAGGUCUUCAUCUUCAGUCAAAAGGAUCUCUACGACUUCUUCAUCAACAUGCCUGCAAAGAACCUCACCUUGGCUUCGUCGCCAAUAGUCCACAUGACCUGCCCGGCGAAAGUCAGCAAGAUCCAGAUGCUUGACUUCUCCGAUUGCGCCUUGUCUGAGAACGUCUUCUCCAAAGGUCCACAAGACGAAUGCGACACCUUGACGAAUCUGGAGACACUGAUCUUGAAGGGCAAUAACCUUAGACACUUAAUGCCGUUAACAUCAAGAGUCAAGCUUAUGACCUCUUUAAGAUAUGUUGACUUUAGCCAGAACUCGCUGACCUAUGACGAAGGUCAGGGAAGUUGUACUUGGCCUUUGGAAAUCACCCACUUGGAUUUGUCUUCCAAUGGAUUUGACCAGGUUGUGUUUAAAUGCUUGCCAAGAUCAGUCGUCAAUCUCAACAUCCAGAACAACCGGAUCUUUGCAAUUCCUGCAAAUAUUUCUGGCUUGGACUUCCUCAAAGUUCUGGAUCUUACUUCAAAUCGUCUGCUAGAUCUCCCGGACUGUCUGGGGUAUCCAAACUUGGAGCAGUUGUUUGUGCGUAGGAAUUCCCUUCACGUCCCUUCUCUAGGUGCUCUUGAGACUUGUCCACAUCUGCAAGUUCUGGACACAAGUCAUAAUCCCUACAUCUGUACAUGUCCUUUAAGAGGUUUCAUCACACUCAUCGAUGAUCAAGGCAAACUGGGUGGAUCCAAACUGUGGAAAGGCCGCAGGAUUACUUUGGAUCGCUGGCCGAAUUGGUAUCGUUGCAGUUACCCAGAAUCCUGGAGAAGAACAAUGCUACAGAACUUCACCUUACCUGAGAUCACUUGCAAUCCUGGAGUUUUAGCGGCCACCAUAUUGGUUCCAGCCAUUAGUUUAGUCAUCAUUAUGGGAGUUCUAUGCCGUCAGUUGGACAUUCCUUGGUACGCAGGAAUGAUUUGGAAGUGGACUCGUGCAAAGCAUCGUGCAAGAACUUCCCACCAACCACCAGAGGAAUUGCAAGGCGUGUUCUUCCACGCUUUCAUUUCCUACAGCCAGAGAAACUCUGACUGGGUAAAAGCUCAACUCCUGCCCAAGUUAGAGGGUGAAGAUCCAGCCAAAGUCCAGAACAGUCUCCGAAUCUGUCACCAUGAGCGAGACUUCAUCCCGGGGAAGACGAUAGUGCAGAACAUCCUUCGCUGCAUAGAACAAAGCAGAUGCUGCAUCUUCGUGCUGUCCUCCCACUUCGUCCAGAGCGAGUGGUGUCACUAUGAGCUUUACUUCGCUAGUCACCAGAGGCUAACCAGAGGUCUGGAUAGCAUCAUCCUCAUCCUGCUGGAGCCACUGCCUCCGUAUCUCAUCCCGUCCAAGUACCACCACCUGAAGGCCAUGAUGGCCAGACGCACCUACUUAGAAUGGCCUCAGGACAAGACCAAGCAGAGGAUGUUCUGGGCAAACCUGCGGGCCGUGCUGCAGGCAGAUCUUCCGAGAUCUUCCUCUCUUGAGGCGGGAAAUCAAGAAUAAUCAAUCAGACUGGAAUAAAAUAAAAAAUAAAGAGUACAGUAUUUUUUGGACUAUAAGGAGCAGCUGAUUAUAAGAGUCCUUAAGCGACACUAGUAAGGAUGCCUACAACAAAGUGAGCAAGAGUGUUGCCAUGUUUCCCUUCUAAUAGGGAAGCGCCUUAGUAAACAAAACUGUAAUUCUUAAAAAGAACAUUUUCUUCAAGUCAAACGAGUGCUGGAUGUUAAUCUGUUUUUUUAGGGGAAUAAAAUAAAGUGCUUCAGUUUAUUUACAGUACAGUUAAGAUGUUCUUAAAACUAAUAAAGAUGCUCUUCAGACUCUUUGUUGGAUCAGAAAUGAUCUGAAAGUGAAAUCAUGCAAAGCAGUAUUCUGUCCCACGCUUUCGUUUCCUACAGCUAGAGGAACUACGCCUGGGCAAAGGUCAACUUUUGCUCAAAAGGGUGAAAAUUCAGCCAAAAUCCAGAACGAACUCUUCAUGUUGUGUUGAGCAAUGUUCCGUUUUCCUUUUUUAAAAAAUUAUGUAAAGUGUUAUUAAAAGCGUUAUUAAAUUAGUUACUAAAAGCAGUAUUAAAUUCAAUAUUAAAAGCAUUAUUAAAUUUGUUAUUAAAUUCGUUAUUAAAAGCGUUAUUAAAUUUGUUAUUAAAAGGGUUAUUAAAUAUGUUAUUAAAGGCGUUAAUAAAUUCGUUAUUAAAAGCAUUAUUAAAUUCGUUAUUAAAAGGGUUAUUAAAUAUGUUAUUAAAAGCAAAUGUAAAUUCAGUCUUGGACCACAAAGCUUCUAAAUUUAGACUGAAAAUCGAAAUCAAUAAAACCCAAAACAAUAGAACAUGCAGACGGGAUUCACUUCAAUUUGCAACCAAUCCUUGUCAAAUACAAAAUUAUUUAAAGUU